GCUGUGGAGGUAAGCCAGUGCCGUGUAAACCUGCGCUCAGGCCGCCCGUCAUGCUGCGUGGAGUCCAAUAAUAAAGUGUUUAAAGUGAAUCAUGUGCCAAUCGUGGAGGUAUUUCUUCGCCGGCGUGUUGCUGGCGACAGUCACUGCACAGAAUACAGAAAGCAGUGGAGACUUCACGCCGGUUGUAACUGCAACAUGUAAGAGUGGAGUUAUGUCAAUUAGAAUCAACUUUAGCCUGCCUUUCAGUGGAGUAACACAUGCUCGAGAAUACAGAAAUCCAGCUUGCAUGGCGAUGGGCAACGGGAGUGAAACUGUAGGAUUCGAUAUUAAUCUCAACGCAGUCAAAGGCUCGCCUGACUAUUGUGGAGUUUUCUGGAAUAACCGAACAGACGAGCGCUCCUUACCACUAGCAGUACGCGUUCACAGGACAUUGGAGCUCGCUGACGACAAAUUCUAUGUCAUCACGUGUGGCAAGGCCGGCUUUAGAAACGCAAGAAAUGAAACCUCAUUGGUAUCAUUACGAUUGCUAAAUUCAGAGGGUAGGAAAGUAUUGAAUGCGGCUUAUGGUCUGCCUUACACACUCCGAGCUGAGAUGAGCAAACCUGACGGAACACACGGCAUUCGCAUGAGAAAUUGUUUUGUUUUCAACAUGCGUAAUAACACCGUGGAUCUUCUAGACAGGAGAGGAUGUCCUGCAAAAGAACAAACCCUGAUCGUUAGGUCUGACACGACCACCGCUGAAAUAGCAAUACCGCAAAUGUUUAGGUUCUCUGACUCCUCACAAAUCAACUUCCAGUGUGAUAUAGGAAUUUGUAAAGGCGCCUGUGCAACGAUAGAUUGUUCCAUCGAUGGCCCAGAACCAAACGACGAGGAAGGUUCAGUCACAGCCUCAACCGGAGCUUUUGUGCUGGAUCCGAACGAUAGUGCAGUUGCAGCUCUAGCUUGUGUCGAUGAAGGCGUCCAUCCACUCUGGCUUCUGUACUUGGCAAUCGCUCUGGGAGUCAUGUUCCUGGUGAUGCUGCUCGUCAACUGUUUCCUCUGCACUGCCAUGACGUGCUCCUGCGCUAGGACUGAUGUUAUAGAAAAGGAUCCGUCAGUAGUCGAAGAUUAUGACCCUUACCGCAGCUGGCAUGGAAGUCAAUAUGGAAGUCGCUAUCCAUCCUCCACCAUACACUCAGCGAGAUCGGUAUCUGAUAACAGCGAUCACUACGCAAUAGUACAGUCGAGACCCGGCAGUCGACACUCAGGAAUGCAUCGAAGUCGACAUUGAUAUUAAAAUAAUCCGGAUGGAUAUUUAAUCUAGUCUGGAAUGAUGAAGGGAAAUAAUCGAAAAAGCAACAUUGUAAUUUAUAUACGUAACUACGUACUAACGAGGCAAGUUACUGGCCUGUAUAUAAACUUAUAGUAUAAACUUUUCGAUAGUUUGUCAAGUAUUCGUAUAGUUGAUGUUAAUGUCAGUUUCUAAGGAUAAGAUUCAAUCAAGACUUAGUAUGACUCCCGUAUGUCCAAAACGUAUUGGAUUUGACAUACGGAAGCCAAACUUAGCGCUAUCUGAAAUUUACCCUAAGAUGUUUUUCCUAAGGGUGCUGACAAACUGUGUAAUGUUUGAAAAUUUUCAUAGAGUUAUAGACUACAUUGCAAUCACAGAAUAAAUAUAAAACGUCCCUUAAUAU